AUGAAGUCUACUGAUAUGAUUUGCAUGGAGAAAAUUGAAAACUUUGAAGGAAAAAAUCUUGAUAUAGGCGAAAUAGAAAUGAAAAGCUUUAAUUGUUAUUGGUAAGAGAAAGAACCUGUUCUAAAAGACAUUAAUUUUGAAAUAAAGAAAGGGGAAUAUAUAGGAAUCGUAGGAAAAGUAGGAAGUGGAAAAUCUUCACUUUUAAGAUGUAUCUUUAAAGAAGUGCCAAAGUACAGAGGAUACUUUAAUUUCUAAGGGAGAAUAGCCUAUGUUGAAUAGGAACCUUAUAUUUUCAAUAAAAUAAUAAAAGAAAAUAUUAUUUUUGGAGCUAAAUAUGAUGAAGAGUAUUAUAAUAGAGUUGUUUAAGCUUGUUGCCUUGUUGAUGAUCUUAAAUUAUUUGAUUAUGGAGAUUAGACUCAAAUCGGAGAAAGAGGUGCCAAUAUUAGUGGUGGAUAAAAGGCUCGUAUUUCGCUAGCUAGAGCUGUUUAUUCUCAAGCAGAUAUUUAUUUGUUGGAUGAUCCUUUAUCAGCAGUUGACUCAAAGGUUGCUAAACUUUUAAAUGAAAAUGUUAUUUAGGGCUGUUGA